AUCAGUUCCGAAAUGUGCGAGAUGGCGAGCGGUGUUCCCAAAUUUCAGUUCUACGAGAACGAGCUGAACAUCCGCCGGGUGAUCGAGCAGUCUGACUUGCAGAGUUUGGACCGGGCCCUCAACAUAUGUGAUCUGUCCAGUUUGGAGCGAAAACUACGCCUCUGGCACAACCUGCUUCCCAGGAUCAAACCCCAUUACGCCGUCAAGUGCAAUGACGAUCCGGUGGUAGUGAAGUUUAUGGCGGAUCUUGGAACUGGGUUCGAUUGCGCCUCCAAAAACGAACUCAAACUGGUGCUUGGAUUCGGCGUUUCUCCUGAGCGUAUUAUCUUUGCACAUCCUUGUCGUCCUGUCAGCCACUUGAAGUUCGCAAAGGAGCAGAAGGUGGUCAAUGGCACAGUGGACAAUGAGUACGAGGUCUACAAACUGCUCAAGCACUAUCCCAGCUCCAACCUAAUAUUGAGAUUCAAGAGCGAGGCCAAGAAGGCGCUGUGUCCUUUGGGCGACAAAUACGGAUGCGACGCGGAGGCGGAUGCCCCUGCUCUAAUGCUCCUGGCCAAGGCCUUGGAUCUGAAGGUGACCGGCACCAGUUUCCACGUGGGUUCCGGAUGCAGCGAGCAUGAGGCCUACGAUCGGGCCCUCGAGAAGGCCGAGAACAUCUUCAAGGUCGGAGAACUGAUUGGACAUGACAUGGACUUGUUGGAUAUUGGCGGCGGCUUCCCCGGAAACGAUGAUGCGAUGUUCGAGAAGAUAGCCGAGAAUGUGAACACUGCGGUGAAGCUCCGUUUCCCCGAUGAGCGUAUCCGAAUAAUUUCGGAACCAGGCCGUUUUUUUGUGGAGGCUGCUUACACAUUGGUCUGUAAAAUCCAUGCAAAAAGGGAAAUCCGAAACAAAGACGGGAAGCUUGACACAUUGAUGUACUACCUCAAUGAUGGCAUCUUCGGAGCCUUCGCCGGCAGUUUUUACUACCCUGAGGUGCUGACUCCUGAACUUUACCUGGAUGGCGCGGAAACCUUGCCAAAGUUCAAGUCUGUAAUUUGGGGGCCCAGCUGCGAUGCCCUUGAUAAGAUUGGGGAAGAACGGUUGCUGCCCAACCUGAACAGAGGCGAUCUUUUAGGAUUCCGCAACAUGGGAGCCUAUACAAUGCCCAUUGCCAGUCCCUUCAAUGGAUUUGACGUACCUGAGACCCGGUUCUUUCUGGCGAAGUGACUUAGCCAAAUUUUGAUAAAGAAAACACUUGCUUAAACUAGUGGCCAUGGGGGCCAUUAUUUAAUUAAGUUUCCAAGUAAAGAGCGAAAUGCAACUUUUAAAAGCUGUAUUUAAAAUUUAAUUUGGAAAAUAAAUAUAAAUUAGUGUUUUUCCACGUUUUACUUGUUGCACA